GACGCGGCUCGAGCUCGACCCAAAGCGGGAGCACGAGAGCAGGAGGGGGAUUUCCAACUCGAGCCCCCACUUCCCCGAGCUUGUUUUGCUUUCGGUCUGGACACAGAAACAGAAAUAAAGGACGGCCUCACUUUCCAUUUAUUCGGGUUUUAAAACCUCUAAUACAUAAAUUUGUGCGUGUGACUGUGGCAGCAGGACUGUGAAGCUUCAGGACAGCCACACUGAGCAGGUAACAUUUUGAUUUCCGCAUUUAAACGCUGUUGACUUGACACCACACAGACUUCCUACAGGACGACAUGACGGAUUCCGAGCUCGCCCUGACAAGAUGCCAGUGGAAAGAAUGAGGAUGCGACCGUGGCUGGAGGAACAGAUCGAAUCCUGUCAAAUACCAGGGCUGAAAUGGGUUAACAAAGAAAAGAGAAUCUUUCAGAUUCCUUGGAUGCACGCUGCACGUCACGGCUGGGACCUGCAGAAAGACGCCCCGCUCUUCAUGAAAUGGGCCAUACAUACUGGUAAAUUCCAGCAAGGCAUAGAUCGCCCUGAUCCAAAGACAUGGAAGGCUAAUUUCCGCUGUGCCAUGAACAGCCUGCCAGACAUCGAGGAGGUGAAGGACAAAAGCAUCAAAAAGGGAACCAAUGCCUUCAGAGUCUACAAGAUGCUCUCCUCGUCAGAAAGAAGCAUGAAGAAAGGAAAGAAGAAGGCAGACAAGGAGGGGAAAGUCAAGGGAAAUAAAGAGGCAGCAUCUCCAUCUCCAGACAGGACUCACUGUGAUGCGGGAGCUAUUGACUACUCCAAACAGGAGACGAUAAAGCAGGAAGUCUUGGAGCCAACAAUAACAGAUUGUGCCUCAGCCAUUCACAGUUCAGUAGACGACCACGUGAUCACUAGCGAGCAGCUGCCGUUCGUGUGCCAGACGAUUGAAGUGACCACCGAGAACGAAGAGCAGACUGUUAGCUCCUCCCACUCGUAUCCACUUCAAAUCUCUCCUGUGUCAUCAUGCUGCGGCAGCGACACGGACAGCGACACAGAAGACACCAAAGAGGGUGUCAGUGCCGUCUGGCGACGGGACUACAGCACAUCAGUUCUCAGGGUUCCUUCAUAUCCCCUCCCCAGCAUGGCCACCUUCGUCAGUGGAAGCAAGCCAAACUUCAGGGUCACCAGCACUCGAGACCCAUCCCCACUUAUCAGCUACCACACAGACGGCUGGAUGCCAGCCUACAGCCAGAACUCUGAGACAAGCAGCCACACCCAUGAGAUGCGUGCAAGUGUCAUCAUGAAAACCUCUGACAUCACAUCCUCCUGACCUCUGACUUCAGACCACAUGUAUCAUCACUGUUUCCAGGGCAUAGGGAUGACAGAAAUUGUUUGAUUUCUCCAUCAGGGCUGUGAGGAGCCCAAAGAGGCCGAGCUUUAAAACCUUUGAUAUGAUCAUAGAGUCUGAUGGGCCAGAAUCCUCCCACCUUCCCUUUUUAAUUGGAGACGCUUGCUCUUUGUUGACUUAAUUGGUGAGCAUUUAAGUCCUUAUUUAUUGUUUCUGCAUCUUUAUGGAUGUAAGGGUAAGUGUGAUGUAAAUCUAGCAUGAAUAAAUAGAUUAUAUAUGCGCCCCUUGUACUACAUGUGGCCUUUUAUACCCCAGAAUCAACCAGGUGUCAUGGUAGAUCGUUGGUGCUAACACUUGAGCUCAUUCUUUGCCAAAAGAAAAUGAAGUUUCCUAUUUUUAUCUAGAGAAAGAAAACCAUCGUUUUACAACUUCCCCCUCCCCCUAGUGAGGUUAAACCAAAACUGCUCUCACUGCAUAUACAAUGUAACAAUACCAAAAGCACCACCUCACCUCUAAUUAUGAUUAUGAAAUCAUAAUUGAAUAGUCUGUGAAUGUCACACAUUGCUGGAGUCAGCAUGAGCUGUGUUGUCAGGGUUGGUGGUCAGAUUUGUUUGCUUGUCCACUGAUUUGGACCUUGUAGCCUUUUUUCCUCGUAUUGUUUUAAUCAUCACCUGAAGAGUCACAAUCAAACGUUUAGCUGACACGUACGAAAUGAGUUCAUGCUAUUCAUUUUUUUAAAGUGAAGCCGUCGCUAACUGUCGAUCACAUAGAUAUUUAUCUCCUCACAUCUUCCUCUUCAUAGAGUUUCCAGAUUUCAACACGUAGUUUGAAGUUUAUUCUUCAUGAAGUAUUACGCAUAACAACACGCCAACCAAAAUCAUAUGAGCUCAAGUGUUAGCCGCGUUAGGCUCAUGAAUUGAACGAAGAUCAUUUACCCUGAGAAGCCAUCCUUUCUCAUAUCAGAGCAUUAAGUGUAAACUUGAAUGAGAAGUUUUGAGAGGACGUUGAUCGAGAAAUCAAAGGCUGGGUAUUAAGACAGAGCUAGACAAUCAUUCGGGAGCCCUGAUUGACCCUGCAGUGGAAAGCAGUUGUGUGUGUUUGUUGUGUAUCUGUCUGUUUGUCUGGAGACCUCAGGAUAAAGUACCCGCCUACACAGACAGACAAACAGACAGUGAGAUAGACUGACUCACUGACUGCCAGACUGUGAACAAUGUUUUCAUGUCCUCUCUUCUGCCUCCUUGUGUUAAUAAUGUACAUAAGUCAUAUGUUAGUAUGCCUGCAAGCCGCUUCAGCACCUUACGGACCACACAUGUGUGUCAAUAAGUGUGUGUGUGUGUGUGUGUGUGUGUGAGAGAGAGGCAGAGAAAAAGCCUUAUUGAAGAUAUGUGCCUUUGAUGAAGUGCAGUAGGAUCAAACUAUCUGUGCUUUACUCUGCUAGUGAUGUGCCGCUAGCUUUCUGUAGCAGCGGACAGUGUUGAUGUGGGGAGCAUGGAGGGCCAUCAUUGGUUUAAUCUGCACAUUCAAAGAGAGUGUCUUUCUAUGACAAUAAGAAAAGGGAACUGUUGGCUUCAGAUACAUCCCAGAGGAAGGUGUCAUCAGCAGCAGACGUGUCACUUUGUUGUUUUUAGAUCACACUUGUUUUUGAAGUUUAGCUCUACAGUUCCCAUCCCCACUUGACUUCAGUGAGCGGAUGAAGCAGCGCAAGUCUGCCGUCUGUUUCGUCUCCAUUCUUCCCAGCUGUAAGGACAGUAGCCUUGCGCCUUAAGUUUCAUGCUUUUCAGAGCUCAAAAUGGUGAAGCAAGAGGAUGAUAUCAUAAGAGGCGUGAAUGCUCAAGUUUAAUGGUUUGAAUCAUAAGCGCAGUAUAAACGUUAAAGUGUGUGUGUGUGUGUGUGUGUGUGGGGGGGGGGGGGGGGCUCAUAAGAAAUAACCUUGGUAAAGUGUCAUUUUAACAACAUGCUUUAUAAGUGACCAAAUAUCAGAGUCUUGUUAUAGAGGCCAAACUCGCACAAACUGCAACAUAGGACAUUUCAGCUAGCUGCCAUUGAGGAGCAUUACAACGAGUUAGUGAUUCAUUAACAUCAAUACAAUGUGAAAACACACAUUCAUAUCAUCAUCUUUAUGAUGUAGCAAUGAUCUGUGUCGCUGUUUACAUCCUGGUUUGUUAGAUUAUAAAUGAUUUUGACAUUUGGCUCCAGGUUUGAAUCAUUAAUUAUCAUACUGACAUCAAACUUGAUUGAAACACCUAAUAUUGUUAUGGCACGAAAAA